AUAUAUAUAUAUUUCUACUAUAUAAAAAGAUAGAGUAACAGACACAACUUCUUCCCUUUCCUUCACUUACGACUGCAAAAUCUCGAGGAGGAUAUAGAGAGACAGAGAGACAGAGUUUUAGAGAGAGAAAUACGAGUUUUAGAGAUGGCAGCGGACGCACCGUGCUGUGGGACUAUGUUCGCGCUGUAUGUGCUGAUAAUCAUAGGACUUGUGAUCUUCGCUGGUCUCAUGGCUGGUCUCACUCUUGGCCUCAUGUCUCUCGGCCUCGUCGACCUCGAAGUCCUCAUAAAGUCAGGCCGUCCCCAAGAUCGCAUCCACGCUUCAAAAAUAUUUCCGGUGGUAAAGAAUCAACAUCUUUUGCUAUGCACGCUCUUGAUUGGCAACGCUUUAGCAAUGGAGUCUCUUCCCAUAUUCUUGGACAAGCUUGUGACUCCAUGGGCAGCGGUCUUGAUAUCAGUGACUCUUAUCCUAAUGUUUGGAGAGAUAUUGCCUCAAGCAAUCUGUACUCGCUAUGGCUUGACUGUUGGAGCUACAAUGGCACCCCUUGUCCGUGUUCUUCUUUGGGUAUUCUUUCCCAUCGCUUAUCCGAUUAGCAAGGUUCUGGAUUGGAUGUUGGGUAAGGGGCAUGCUAUUCUUCUGCGUAGAGCAGAGCUCAAGACAUUUGUGAAUUUUCAUGGCAAUGAGGCUGGGAAAGGUGGAGACUUAACACAUGACGAGACAACUAUCAUUGCAGGGGCACUUGAAUUGACUGAAAAGACUGCAAAAGAUGCCAUGACACUUAUAUCGAGUGCAUUUUCCCUUGAUCUGGAUGGAACUCUUACAUUGGAGACUUUGAAUGCGAUAAUGACAAUGGGUCAUAGUAGAGUUCCUGUUUAUGCUGGAAAUCCAACAAACAUUAUUGGACUCAUCCUGGUUAAAAAUCUCUUAACAGUUGACCCAGAAGGUGCAGUUCCUCUCAGAAAAAUGCUAAUAAGAAAAAUUCCUCGGGUUUCAGAGAAUAUGCCUCUCUAUGACAUUCUGAAUGAAUUUCAGAAGGGUCACAGCCACAUUGCAGUUGUAUAUAAGGAUCUGAACGAGACUAAAGAGACACUGAAGAAAAUUGAAGAGGAACAUCCUGAGGCCAGCCCUAAAUCAAAGUCACAUGACGCUGACACAGCUGUGACUAAGAAUGAUGGAGAUCUGCAGAUGAAGAAAAGUCCUCCAGCGACUCCUGCUUUUAAGAAGCGGCACAAAGGUUGUUCAUUUUGCAUUUUGGAUGUGGAGAAUGCCCCUAUUCCAGAGUUCCCACCCAAUGAAGAGGUUGUUGGUGUAAUUACAAUGGAGGACGUAAUCGAGGAGCUUCUUCAGGAAGAGAUAUUGGAUGAAACUGAUGAAUAUGUAAACAUUCACAACAGGAUAAAGGUUAACAUGCAUGCGUCCCAGGAAAAGGCUCCUGAUGAAAACUCGCAACAGCAUUCUUCUGGCCCGGAAACUCGAGGUUCCACCCCUACUUUAUCAGAUUCUGCCAGUACUUUGCAAUAACAUUCUCAUCACAAGGCACUAGAGUUUCCGAAGGAGACUAGUUCGAGAGAGUGCUGAUUGAUACUCUUUGUUCCUUGUAUGAUUAUUAGACUUAGGAUUUACAUAAAAGAACAGAAGCUGGGGGGUUCACUCUGGUAGGAAGAGUUAUUUUAGUUGUUACAAAGAAAGCGACAUACCCUGCUUGUAAAAUAGGUAGGCUGGUCUUGCUGAUGUAGCAUAAUUAUAUAGAUUGUUGUAAUCUCUUGUUUGAUAUUCUGAUAUUAGAAAAGAUCCAGUUAUGUUAAAUAUGGAUUCUAUGGAUCUCAUCAGACCAUUUGUGACAACAUUGCAUUCAAUGAGCAUGGAGAGUUUGGGAA